CUCCAAAUAAAAAACCCCCCAAAACCCUCCAUUCUGAUUAAAACCCAAAACCCUAACCUACAGCACACUUCAAUAUGUUCCCAACACUCAACGACAAUGUAUCACUCUGUAAGAAGAGCAUUUUGUAAACAGCAAGAGUCAAUUUUCUCAUAUAAAAAAUGUUAAUAUUAUCAAGAAUGAAAUCACUUCUCAAUCUCAGCUCAUCUCUCUCCACUACAACCGCUGCAGUACCUUUUUGCCUCCACUUGCACUCGCAGAGCUCCAUAGUUCUCCCAGCAACCCGGAAGCUUAAAUCCUUAAAGAAACCUAAUUAUCUCUCUGCUGCGGCUGUGAUUAAUUCUGUCGCUAAUCGCUCAAAUCCACCUAUUUUGGGCCAGAGCCGUGGCUUGUGCACCGAGGACGUGGCCUCCGGCGAGAUUCACGUCAUUGUGGGACCCAUGUUCGCCGGGAAGACAACCGCUCUUCUGAAGAGAAUGAAGGCUGAGAGCAGUAAUGGCAGUUUUAUAUUCUAUGGAUCGAGACUUCCCCAGAUUCCAGGGCUACCCCGUGAAGAACUCCUGCCAUCUGGAUAUGGACCAAACGUUAUAGGAUCUUGUUUCAUAGGGAGAAUUAAAGAAGCUGUUGCAAUAUUGUGCUGCACUGGGGAUUUUGAUUCAUCCUACAUUCUUGCAGUGAAAGAUGCUGACGAUGCUCCGGACUUUAUGAACUCUUGUUUGCAAGCAGUUAUGAAGCUGCAAAAUGUGGCAAUAAUUAAAUCGAACAAGGAUGCUAGGUACGGUUUGGACUCUAUUGUGACGCACGAUGGGGAAAAGCUUCCCUGCCUACCAUUAGCAGAUUUGUCGUCAUUCCAAGAACUGCUGGGUGCUGAAGAGUAUGCUAAGCUACAAGUGAUUGGUAUUGAUGAAGCUCAGUUUUUCGGAGAUUUGCAUGAUUUCUGCUGCAAAGCUUCUGAUCGUGAUGGCAAGACUGUAAUAGUUGCUGGUUUGGACGGUGAUUAUUUGAGGAGGAGCUUUGGUUCGGUACUCGACUUAAUCCCUAUUGCUGAUUCUGUUACUAAGUUAAAUGCGAAAUGUGAAGUAUGUGGUAAACGUGCUUUCUUUACUUUGAGAAAGACGGACGAGAUGAAAACGGAAGUUAUUGGUGGGGCUGACGUGUACAUGCCCGUGUGCCGAAAACACUACGUAAGUGGACAAGUGGUUAAAGAGGCUAAGAAAGCAGUCAUUGGGUCUAAGAGCAUGCAGAUUAGUUCGGUUUUGUAGGUUUUAUUGACUGCUUUGCUUUUAUCAUGGGAUGAUUGAGGAGAAUAUGCCCUUUUUUCUCGGAUUUAAUUGGAAUAUCGGCAAGUAGCGAGAUGUUUUGUGAUUAUAGGUGAUCGAUCAUAUUUGUAUAAGAUUCUGGAUUUAACCGUGUUGUGUAUUAUUUAUUAUAGUAUUUAUGCUUGACUGAA